CGCAGCGGCGGGCGCCGGGCGGGCCGCCACCAUGUCCUCGGCCGCGGGGCCCCGCGGGCCUCGCCCGCCCACGGGGCCGCCCCCGAUGCCGGAGCUGCCCGACCUGAGCCACCUGACCGAGGAGGAGCGGAGCAUCAUCAUGGCAGUGCUGGACCGGCAGAAGGAGGAGGAGGAGAAGGAGGAGGCCAUGCUCAAGUGUGUUGUCAGGGACAUGGCGAAGCCUGCUGCCUGCAAAACGCCCAGAAACGCGGAAAGCCAGCCCCACCCGCCUUCACCGGACUCAAGCAGCGCCUGCUGUACAGUUGGAGCUCAGAGAUUGCAUCAACAAUUUGAAAGCUAUAAGGAGCAAGUGCGGAAAAUAGGGGAAGAAACGCGGCGUUACCAGGGCGAGCACAAAGACGACGCGCCCACCUGCGGAAUCUGCCAUAAAACCAAGUUCGCUGAUGGCUGCGGCCACCUGUGCUCCUACUGCCGCACCAAGUUCUGCGCGCGCUGCGGCGGCCGCGUGUCCCUGCGGUCCAACAACGAGGACAAAGUGACCUCACUCCUUAAGGGCGUGAAGGGCCCCUUCGAGCUCUGAGCGGCCAGGAAACCACAGAGGGUGCACUCGGGGAGAUGCACGUGGAACGGCAGUCAGCCUGUCCUUUUCAUACGUACUAUAUACUUCCAUUUGGUGUAAAUUACAAUUUCCCCAAAGCUCGGUAAUUUCCCAAUAAGAGACUGAGGAAAUGAGCAUUUUGGCCUCAAUAUGUCAACUUAGCUGCCUUUGUUCAACUGUUUUAAAUGUAAAUGAUAUACUGCAGUGCAUAAGUAGAAACGUGACAUUAAACUGAACGUUAUCUGUGUUUUUAGAUUUGAUGCUAGGAUAUGUUCAUUAGGGUUUUUCUAUGGAAAAGAUAUUAGGUGGAAAAUUACAUAGGGCAGGUUUUUUUUGUUUUUUUCACUAAAUGUGUCUGCCUGUACCAUUGGUGUAUGUGAGAUUAUGUUAGGGACUUUUAUUUUAACUCAAUAAUGUACUGUAUUAGAAAAAAAUAUAACAAAUAUAACAUCUUCGGUUUCAUGAAUAUUAUUACUGUAGGUGAGCCAACAUUUGAAAUGUAGAUAGUGUUAAAUUCCUUUAAAGAAUAAAAAUUUAAGUAAAUAAUAAUGCUGGUGUAAUACAGACUUGGUGGUGAGACUAGCUACUCCUGUAGGGCUGGCCGGACUCAUUACCCUUUGGACAGGAUUUCCUACAAUAGUAGGUUAUUUGUGCUCAUUAUAAUUUCUGACUGUGUAAUGAAAAUGCAGGCGGGCUGUGUGCUUCUCAGACUAAAAAUA